CAGCACCUUAUCCGAAUCAGUCGAAGUCCAGGGCGGCCGUAUCUCAGGCUCGGUACUCCGGCCCGUCUGUUCUUGAUCUGCAUAAAUGAUCUCGCGAGGAUACUAUUUUCAAAUUUACUACCAUUUGCGGAUGAUCUAAAGAGAUGGCAUGCUAUCACCACAUUAGAGGGUCACACAGCCCUAUAAGAUGACUUGGAUGAAGCAUACAUAUUGUCCAUCGAGAACAUGCAGUUCAACACGGCCCAGUGCGAAGUUCUCAGUAUACGCCAUCAGAGUACCCAUAACUACAGACUAGGGCCACAGAUUCUACAACGGACUUCUCAUGAGUGCGAUUUCGGCGUGCUCGCACAAAAUGAUCUUGGUUGUUUGAGGCAGACUGAAAGGGCACCAAAGAAAGCAAACCAGCACUUCGGCCUUCUUCGUAGUGCGGGAAGUUCGACGCCACAAUCCUUCCGAAAAUGCUUGGUACAUACGUUGUCCAAGCGUGGCAACCGCGCUCGAUACUGCACAACGCAGUAUGACGAAGAGCGUUAGAG